AUGUUUUCUAACCACACAAAUAAAGGCAUGCUAACAGAUUCUUAUACAACAAUAUUGGCUGAAAUAGAUAUCGAGAGAACUUUGGAUAAAAUCAACCAGGAUACCGAGAGAUUGAAUGAUGAAAAACCUAUCGCUCUAAAUUAUAAAUUGUUAAAUUGUCAAUCAUCUGGCAUUACGUUGAGAGGUGGCCUUAUUUCAUACAUCUAUGAGGCUUUCCUGGUGAAUGAGCCUCGAGUCGCUGAAAUUACGAGAGGAAUGGAUGCUAUUUAUAAGUUUAUUCGUAAGACAGAUGAAGAGUACUUAACGAACUUGGAUGAACUAGCAUCGAAAGAUAAGAUACCGUUCAUGGAGUACUGCAUCAAUGCAAUUGAAAAUCAGCAUCGAGAAUCAGAAAAAAGAGAAAGACUUUUUAUAACAGAAAUUGGACUAGGAAACUUUGACGAUAUCGACGUGCAAAGCGGGUUCACGUUUAAUACCCAACUCUUCAAAGUGAACACGAAGAAUGUAAUGGACUUUUUAAGAGGGUUCAAUGAUCACAACCAAUUUAUUGUGAAGGUCUUUGAUCCCAUCAAAGCGAAAAGAGACUAUAAGGAUUACCAAGAUAAACAAACUGAUAUUUUCGGCGCAUGUCGCAGGGCGUAUCUGUGCGAGAAACUUGCAUACGAAAAAUUGUCAAAUAACUUCUUGUUCAAUAGCGUUUAUGUUGAUCAGAAAUGCGUCUUUGGAACUUUCAACAUCGGUAAGCAUUAUCAUGCAUUGGGCCCAUUUCUCAUAUUAAAAUAUAUAGAACAAGGAGAAGAUGAAUAUGACCGAUUGCCCAAAGAUAGGGCGAACUAUGAAAAAGCGGAAAAGCAGUUAGAAAUAAUUCACAGUGUCGGAAUAAUACAUGGAGAUAUUUGUGAACGAAAUAUUCUUUACUCAGAUGGAAAGAUAUAUUUUAUUGAUUUUGGAUAUUCUGAUUAUUUUCACGAUAAGAAGGGUUCGCGACCAGUUAGUGCUAAUGCUGAGAGAAGGAAAAGCGAACAUAGGAAAUUGUGUAGAGUGUUUAAUCAGCUAAUUCCGGAAAAGUAUGAAGAUUCGAAGAAUAAGGGAAACUAG